UCAUUGGCCUCGGGGACCGGGCUCGGGCACAAGAUGGCUGCUACGCGCCGGGAGUCCCCGAGUCCGAGCUCCCCGACCUCGGAGUCGCGAUCCCCGGAGCUGCCGGACCUGGUCCUGGUGUCCGAUGAUGGCCGCCCCGCCACUCCCCCGAGUGACCUCAUCGAGAUCCAGGUGGUGAAGGUCACGGACACCACGCUGGUCCCCGAGCCCCCCGAGCCGGGCUCUUUCCACUGUGCUCUGUGCCCAGCCGCCUUCCGGCUGGUGUCCGAGCUGCUUUUCCACGAGCACGGCCACUUGGAGGGCGCGGCCGGCGGAAGUGUCCGUGCUCCCACCUCACUGGCAGAGCUGCAGUACUUCACCUCUUCCUCAUCUAGUCAAUUUCCUGAUGUUCAGUAG